GAUAGCGACUACCACUUCAAUACCUUCAAUACAUUUUUUUAACUCAGUCGGAGAAGUCAGGAAAGGCAGACAAGGGUGAGUAGCCAGCAACGCAUAGAAGAACCAGACACAGAUUUGACCAUGGCAUUAAGAAGUGGUCUGUGUCGCCUUCUGGUGAAUCCUCAGAGAGCUGUUGUGGUUUCAGCCUCUAGAUCACAGGGAACAGCAGCAACUCCUAAAUGGGAAACAGAAAAGGAGACCGUAAAGCGUCCCAAAGCACCCAAGGUACAGUUUAACUGGCGGGAUGCCUUGGACCUCGAGGGACUUUUAACAGAGGAGGAGAUCAUGAUCAGGGAUUCCUUCCGCACCUACUGCCAGGAGAAGCUCAUGCCCCGUGUUCUCCUGGCCAACAGGAAUGAAGUUUUCCACCGAGAGAUUAUCUCUGAGAUGGGUGAACUAGGUGUCCUGGGCCCAACAAUUAAAGGCUAUGGCUGUGCUGGCACAAGCUAUGUGGCGUACGGUCUGCUCGCCAGGGAGAUAGAGCGGAUUGACAGUGGCUACCGUUCUGUAAUGAGUGUACAGUCCUCUCUGGUCAUGCACCCCAUCUAUGCCUACGGCACUGAGGCACAGAAGGAAAAGUACUUGCCCAGGCUCGCUCGGGGUGAGAUUCUUGGUUGCUUUGGCCUGACUGAACCCAACCAUGGCAGUGACCCCAGCAGCAUGGAGACACGUGCCAAGUACAACCCAUCCAGCCGCACCUUCAGCCUUACUGGUUCCAAGACAUGGAUCACUAACUCCCCUGUGGCAGACAUCUGUGUGGUUUGGGCCAAGUGUGAAGAUGGCAAAAUUCGGGGGUUCAUCCUUGAACGUGGCAUGAAAGGCCUGAGCACACCCAAGAUUGAGGGCAAAUUCUCACUGAGAGCCUCAGCCACCGGUAUGAUCGUCAUGGACGAGGUAGAGGUGCCAGAGGAAAACCUAUUGCCCAACGUGUCUGGACUGGGUGGUCCCUUCGGAUGUUUAAACAAUGCUCGCUAUGGCAUUGCAUGGGGGGCGUUGGGUGCUGCUGAGUUCUGUUUCCAUGCUGCCCGGCAGUACACACUGGACAGAAUACAGUUUGGAGUGCCCCUGGCCAGAAACCAGCUGAUGCAGAAGAAGAUGGCAGACAUGCUUACAGAGAUUACUCUUGGAUUGCAGUCCUGCUUACGAUUAGGCAGACUGAUUGAUGAGAAAAAAUCAUGUCCGGAUAUGAUCUCCAUGCUGAAGAGGAACAGCUGUGGCAAGGCUCUGGACAUUGCCAGACAGGCUCGUGACAUGCUGGGAGGCAAUGGCAUCGCUGACGAGUACCACAUAAUCCGCCACGUCAUGAAUCUGGAGGCGGUAAACACAUACGAAGGUACCCAUGACAUUCACGCACUGAUUCUGGGAAGGGCCAUUACAGGCCUGCAGUCUUUCACUGUGGAUAAAUAAGAACCUGCUUCUCUCUCACUUCCGCCUGUAAAGUCACUUUCAAAAGCCAGCUGCUGCCUUUAUCAAAGAAUGGAUAGUAGGUCAAUGGAGUUUAAAAAAAUGGUUGAACAUGUCUGUAGAAUUUUACAAGCACCAGAAUAUUAUGUUUGAAAGAGAAAAGGGUUUGGUAAAGAAAAUACACUUACAAAAGAACAGGAAAAGAUUAAACCUGUCAGAUACAUUGAACUAUGAUGUAGUUCAUCAGACCAAAUCACUAUUUUUCUAUCCACACCACGCCUUUAGUUUGUAGAGAUUGGUGUAAAUAUUAGUUUAUGGAAUAACAUAGCUCAGGAACAUAAAUUUCAUGUGUUUUCAAAUGACCCCUGUAGUAUAAGGCAAGAGAAAAGGGCAAAAUACACUGGUUUGUCAGUCAUGUAUACAUUAAAUAUUUAAAAUGCAUAUCUACAGGUGAUGUUGAAACUUUACAUGGGACUUUUUUGGGGGGAAAAGAUUGACCGUUCAGUAUCAUUUUGAAGCAAAAUAUCCUUUUCUUACUAACAGGAUCUUUUCUUUUGCAUGAUUGAAAGAUAUUUGUUUUAAAUGUCAAAACAAGAAUUAUACCCAAUAAAUAAGCUAGUUGCAA